GUGCAGGUGUCCUGCUCACUCCCACACCUUCCAUCACAGUGUGGAGGUUGGCAGCUGGACCACGAGGAAGACGGACUACGCCUUCGAGAUGGCGUGCUCCAACAUCCGCUACGGAGCUGGAGUCAGCAGAGAGGUUGUCAUGGACCUGCAGAACCUCAGAGCUCAGAACGUCUGCGUCAUGACGGACAGCAACCUGUCCCGCCUCCCACCUGUGAAGGACCUGUUGGGGUCUCUUGUCAAGAACCGAGUCCAGUUCAAAGUCUACGACCAGGUCCGAGUGGAGCCCACAGACUCCAG